GAAACACCAAGGUAGGUUGCCUAGGGAUCCUGAGGAAGCUGAUGUGUUAUUCCUUCUCUGCAUCGAAGGAUCAGGAAGUUUGUAAUCUCUGCGUGGCUGAGAAGUUUUUUUUACCUACUAGGACCUGGGGGAACAGGUGUACCCCUAAAAUAGAGCGCAGGCUGCUGUUUGUGUCCGGCUGUAACCCAGGAGUAACGUCAGUUACAACGUUAAAGACAUUGUGCUAGUUGCUAUGGAGACUAUAAAAACCCAAGAAGACAAUAUCCCUGCCCUCAAGAAGUUUACAGUUGAGAGACAGCCAUACCAAAAGAAAGACUAUAAUAAAUACUUUAAAGGAUAAACAGCUGAGAAUGACCACUUUAACUCACCGGGCCCGUCGCACUGAAGUAGGCAAGAACUCUGAAAAGAAGGUGGAAAGUGAGGAAGACACUAAUCAAGACAGGAGUCCAGACAAUGAAGAUUCUGGUGACUCUAAGGAUAUUCGCCUCACACUUAUGGAAGAAGUAUUGCUCCUGGGACUAAAAGAUAAAGAGGGUUACACAUCUUUCUGGAAUGACUGCAUAUCAUCUGGCCUGCGAGGGGGUAUCCUGAUAGAGCUGGCAAUGCGGGGUCGAAUCUAUCUGGAACCCCCCACAAUGCGUAAGAAGCGACUACUGGACAGAAAGGUACUUCUAAAGUCAGAUAGCCCAACAGGGGAUGUUUUGCUGGAUGAAACUCUCAAACACAUCAAAGCAACUGAACCCACAGAAACCGUCCAGACGUGGAUAGAGCUACUCACAGUCUUCUGUUUUUUUUUCCCCAAAGGUGAGACAUGGAACCCCUUCAAAUUACAGUACCAGCUGAGAAAUGUAAGAGAGCGAAUUGCAAAGAACCUAGUAGAAAAGGGUAUUCUAACCACUGAGAAGCAGAAUUUCCUCCUAUUUGACAUGACUACUCAUCCAGUGACCAAUACAACAGAGAAACAGCGACUAGUGAAAAAACUUCAAGAUAGUGUCCUAGAGCGGUGGGUAAAUGACCCUCAGCGUAUGGACAAGCGAACACUAGCACUCCUGGUGCUAGCCCACUCCUCUGACGUGCUAGAGAAUGUCUUCUCCUCUCUGACAGAUGACAAGUAUGAUGUGGCAAUGAAUCGAGCCAAGGACCUAGUAGAACUGGACCCUGAAGUGGAGGGGACAAAGCACAGUGCCACAGAGAUGAUCUGGGCUGUGCUGGCAGCCUUUAAUAAAUCCUAAAGCCAGUGGAUGGGUUUCUUUUUCCCCUGCUGGCUGGUGACUGUCAGAGACACCACACUGAGUUUUGUGUGAUGAGAUGUUUUUCAUCAUUUCUUUUUUCCUUCUCUUGAAUCAGACUUGUGAUUUGGGGAUAGCAGCUUCAGCGCUUCUCCAUAAACUUUAGCCAUUGUAAACAUACUUUAUUUCUCCUUAUUUUUCCACUACAGAGGUGAAUAAACUAGGUCAAUCCACAUAUAUCCAAUAAUCAUUUUCUCUCAUUUCUUGGUUUACUUCCAUCAGUAUGCUUUUGGAUAAGCAGGAAUAUCUAAGUGGGAUUUGGGAGUUCUCCAGUCAGAAAAUGUGAAUGAGAUCUAGAGCAAACCAUUUAUUAAAUCUUUUAAAGUUUGUUAAAAAAAAAAAAAAAAAA